UUCCAUGGGGGGCCUUGCUCUUAUAUUAAUUCAACUCCUUUCUCAGCUGAAACUUCAUUUUCUAGACUUCAUAUCAUAUAUCGUCUCAUUCGCUCUGAUAUAUCCUCUUUAUCACAGUGCAUCGAUCAUCCUUGAGCUUUUGUUGUUCAGUGCCGCUCUUGUGCUGACAUUUCUCCUAGGAAUUAGCAAGAAAACUUUCUGUUAUUGGAAAAGGGAUAUCAUUCCCCUCAUUGUAGACGUGGGGCUAUCUACAAAUGGGGAGGCACUCUUGCUGCCACAAGCAAAAGCUUCGCAAGGGUCUCUGGUCCCCUGAUGAGGAUGAGAAAUUGCUCAGGCAUAUCACUAAGUAUGGCCAUGGCUGCUGGAGCUCUGUUCCUAAGCAAGCAGGCUUGCAGAGAUGUGGAAAGAGCUGUAGGCUGAGGUGGAUCAAUUACCUGAGGCCUGAUUUGAAGAGAGGCACAUUCUCACAAGAAGAGGAGAACCUCAUCAUUGAGCUUCAUGCAGUAUUAGGGAAUAGAUGGUCGCAAAUUGCAGCACAGCUGCCAGGAAGAACGGAUAAUGAAAUAAAGAAUCUGUGGAAUUCAUGCCUCAAGAAGAAGCUGAGGCAACAAGGGAUAGACCCUGUGACCCAUAAACCACUGUCGGAGAUUGAGAAUGGAGAUCAGGACAAAGAUGGAGAGAAAGUUGCAGCAGUUAGUUCCAGUGAAUUGAACCUCCUGAAAUCAGAAAGCUCCAGGUCCGAUGGAGCUUCCUACGAGCACAAACCAGGUUCAAGUAUUGCCCAUAAAGCCUAUGCACACGACAUGGAGGGUUCUUCUUCUACCUCCAAGAUUAACACCAGAAGCAACACUAAUUUCAUCCCCGAUUGUUCCAGUAAAGAGUUGUUACUGGACAGCAGGUUCAUCAACAGUCACCAGGAAAUCUACACCACUUCAGAUUUCAUGACGAAUUUCCCUCUUCAAAUGACCUAUACGAAUCCAUCCACUGACUCUUCUCGUUGGUUCACUCAAACUGGAGGAAGAUCAUUUGAUAUAAAUACUGAAUUUACCUCCAGUACCAUGUCCACUGCCUUUCCACUUUCAACCUCCUCAUUCCUCCCUACUUCCGUCUGCUACAAGCCUUCUCUCCCCGUUCCAUCUGAGGAUAUCUCUACUGGUUCCUUCCCUGUGAAUGAACCCCGGUACUGGGAAGCCAGUGCUUCCAACCAUAGCAAUAGAAACGGCCCCUUGAACUUGCAGAACAGUAUUGUUUCUUGGGGAUUGACAGACUGUGGUGGUACUCCUGCUAAGGAGGCUCAUCACCAGAUUAAUAUGAUGGAGAGUCAGACGGAAGAAGCCAGGUGGGCUGAGUACCUUCAUGGUAACCCAAUCUUAAUGCUGGCUGCUGUACAGAAUCAAGGUUCAGAAUCCUUAUGCAACGAUAUAAGGCCAGCCUCACAUUUGGUACCGGAGUCUUUAGGAGCUAUUUUGCCUUAUCAUCACAAGCAGCAAGAUCAUCAAGCUUCUGCAAUAUUCUCAAAGGACAUCCAGAAGCUCACUGCAGCUUUCGGACACAUAUAGCAGGCUUUAUGUUAUAGAAAUGCUCUAUUCGAUAGGGCUUCAAGAGGAUUCAUCGAUGUUCUUCUUAAUUAGCAUACAGGUGUGCGUCACAGAUUUUGCUCUUUGUAUAUAGGUCCGAUACAACCAUUUCUUUCAUCCCCUUCAUUUUGAUAGUAUUUGUGAGCCAACAACCAUUUGCCUUUCCCUUUUCCCUUUUCUUUUUAAUCCUUUUUUUUUCCCCUCGGGUGUGGGGUAAAUUUUAGGAUGUGAGUGUUGAUCUGCUGUCAUGCUGUCUGUCGUCUUUCUAUCUCAUAUUUGCAAAACUCUGUGAGUACAUUACGAUGGUAGCGCACUUUACUCUAUAUAUCUAAGCCAUCCCAAACGUUUAUUGAGGCA